UUGAAUUAGUAUGAGAAGUAAAAAGGAUUGCUAUACUCCUUAGCCUAUUGCCAUAGAGAAAACACCUAUGUCUGAGGGCAAUGAAGGCAGAGAGCCUGGCCAGGCACUCUGAACCACUCUUCAACUAAAGGAAAUGAAUAUAGGGGAACCUGGAGUACAAGCAAACAGUGGAGAGAACUAAAAUGAUGUUCCCCCCACCUCUUCUAGGGACAACAUCACAACCAGUUUGGUACUGGAGGAGGGAAUAUAUAAAGCAUAUGGAAAUUCUGGACUAAAACUCUUACCCUGAUUUGUGCAAAACUACUCAACUUCUACUGGCAAAGUAUUAUCUGCCCUAAAUGAAGAAAAGAAAUCCAAUGUAGUUCAAAGUGGCAAAGAAACUUAAAUUAUAUUUUGCACCAGAAGUAUAUAACCAAAUUUUCCUUUUUCUGACGAUUGAGAAUGUGGACACCAGACAAAAAAUAUCCUUAGGUGAGGAUUGAAGAAAAAAAAAAUCCCAGUUCCUGAUGUUUGACUAUGUUCAAUGAUCUCUGCCAAGUUUAGAAACUCUUUCAUUACCUGAUAAAUGGAGCUUCCUGAUCUAACACAGUGAACUGGCAGAUAUCUCAGGAAUAAUGAACAAUGAAAUAAUAUUUUCCCCUGCUGUCUCAGUUACUGUUGGUCACUGAAAUGAUGAAUCCUGCCCAAUUCAGUGCUUUUACAAAUCGGGAUCACAUGAAAGAUUUCAAAAGGCUGAUUGCCUGCCCUACAGAUUUUAGAAUUAAUACUUCAGCAUCAAUUCUUGUUUGAAAUUCCUGUCUGCUCUACAAAGUUUGGACUUUUUAGACCCCACAAUUAUUAGCUACCCACUAUUUAGAAAAUUGAAGGAGAAUGUUCUAAAGCAGUGCUAUCAAAUAAGAACUGUAAUGAUGGCUGUACCAGUUAACAUUUCUACCAUCGCGGUGUGAAUAAUCCAGUUUAUCUGUAGCACACCUAAAAGGAGGUCUUGACAGGCACAAGAACCUGCCAGGGUGAAUUCUGCCUCAUGAGAUGAACCUGUGCAAAGCAGCUAAUACACUGUAGACAAGGAAACUAUCAAUAAAGGAAGACAACCUACCGAAUGGAAGAAGAUAUUCACCAAUAAUACAUCUGAUAAAGGGUCUUUGAUUUGUUUCACAAGCUUUUUAUAAUUUUCAGCAUACAGAAUCCCAUACUUGUUUUGUUAAGGAAUUUCCACUACAAUGUUGAAUAGAAGUUAUUAAAACACACAUUCAAGAGAAUGUAUUCUGCAGGAAAUCUGGAGGAAAACCUUGUAUGCUCUGGGUCCUUGCCACUCCCCACUGAUUUCUAUUGUUCCAGAUGAAAAGUUUACACUCCUGCUAAAAAGGAUGAGUUCAGCUGAUAAACUUGGUGGCGUCUACACUCUAAAGCAUCUCCUGCCAAUCAGAGAUGCGAAUGAAAGCCCUAGUGGAACAAUCAGACCAGCCUUUCAGAGUGUGUACUCUCUGAAUACUGCUCUCUGGAGGAGUGUGAAAAUCAAUUCUCCUUAAUAUUAAGCAUCCAUUGGAGGAAAUCCCUAACCACAGUACCUCCAGAAAGUUCACUGAUUACCCAAGUCUCAGAUAAAAUUGGUGCCAGAUUUUGAUUAGAACUAAUGUGGAGGAAAACAUUUCCUACUAGUCCUUAGUCUGAGAGUGGUGAACCCUGCAGCCAGCAGGCCUCCUGAAAUAAAUCCAUGGGUGACAGAAGAUUCAUUGACUUCCAAUUCCAAGUUUUAAAUUCAAGCCUCAGACCAAGGUUGGGCAAUGCUACUGCCAAUAAUACUUGUAUUAUUGAUGAUUCUUUCAAGUAUAAUCUGAAUGGUGCUGUCUACAGUGUUGUAUUCAUCCUGGGUCUGAUAACCAACAGUGCCUCUCUAUUUGUCUUCUGCUUCCGCAUGAAAAUGAGAAGUGAGACAGCUAUUUUCAUCACCAAUCUGGCACUCUCCGAUUUGCUCUUUGUCUGCACGCUACCUUUCAAAAUAUUUUACAAUUUCAACCGUCACUGGCCUUUUGGUGACACUCUCUGCAAGAUCUCUGGGACUGCAUUCCUUACCAACAUCUAUGGGAGCAUGCUAUUCCUCACCUGUAUUAGUGUGGAUCGUUUCCUGGCCAUUGUCUAUCCCUUCCGAUCUCGUACCAUUAGGACCAGGAGGAAUUCUGCCAUUGUGUGUGCUGGAGUCUGGAUCCUAGUCCUCAGUGGUGGUAUUUCAGCCUCCUUGUUCUCAACCACUAAUGUCAACAAUGCAACCACCACCUGCUUUGAGGGCUUCUCCAAACGUGUCUGGAAGACUUAUCUGUCCAAGAUCACCAUAUUUAUUGAAGUUGUUGGAUUCAUCAUUCCUCUGAUACUGAAUGUCUCUUGCUCUUCUGUGGUGCUCAGAACCCUCCGUAAGCCUGCUACACUGUCUCAAAUUGGGACCAAUAAGAAAAAAGUGCUCAAGAUGAUCACAGUGCAUAUGGCAGUUUUUGUGGUCUGUUUCGUACCCUACAACUCUGUUCUCUUCCUGUAUGCCCUGGUGCGUUCCCAAGCCAUUACCAAUUGCUUUUUGGAAAGAUUUGCUAAGAUUAUGUACCCAAUCACCUUGUGCCUUGCAACCCUUAAUUGUUGCUUUGACCCUUUCAUCUAUUACUUCACCCUUGAGUCCUUUCAGAAGUCCUUCUACAUCAAUACCCAUAUCAGGAUGGAGUCCCUGUUUAAGACCGAAACACCUCUUACCACAAAGCCUUCUCUUCCAGCUAUUCAAGAGGAAGUUAGUGAUCAAACAACACAUAAUGGUGGUGAGUUAAUGCUAGAGUCUACCUUCUAGGUACGAGAACUAUAUUUAGGUCCAAAUAUGGUUUCUUCUAUGAUUAUUUUCUUAUGCUAUGAAUAAGAGGAAAGAUUUGAAGCUAAUGAUACUGAGAAUACAUUAAUGUACUAAAUGCAGUCAAAUACAUUUAUUUGAACAUUUACUGUAUAUAUGCUGUUUUGUUCAAUAAUUAUAGGUCAGGUCUAAUUACAAUGACUAAAAUUGCCAAACUCUUCUGCUGGGUUGAAAUUUUAUUGUAUCACAUUAUGUA